UUUAACUUCACCAGGUGAAGCAAACUAUGGUGAAUUUCGUGUCUGCUAGGUUCCACAUACAGUUUUUGGCAUCUCCAAAAUAUUGUUCUGCUCUAUUGCCUGAGUGACCUGCCUGUAGCUUCUAUAAAAUUUGGUGGAUGGCAGCUUAUUUAUCAUCUGUAUAGAUCUUGUACUGAUUUAUUUCUGGAUCCCCUAAGAGGGUUCGCAGUUUCAAUAUGGGUUCUAAUAGAUCUGGGGGCGUAGGAAAAGAGCGACUGAAAUGGACGCAAGAAAUGCACGAGCUUUUUGAGAAAGCAGUUGAUCAGCUCGGAGGUCCUGAUAGGGCGACACCAAAGGGUGUCUUGAAGGCUAUGGGAAUUCCUGGCCUAACAAUUUACCAUGUAAAGAGUCACUUACAGAAUUACAGGAUGGCAAAAUUUGUCCCAGAAACACCCAAUAAAAACAAGUUUAAGAGGAGUAACUCAGACAUAUUACCAAAUUUCAGUGCAACUGUUGGUGCUCAGCUUCAUGAAGCAUUACAGAUGCAGAUGGGAGUGCAGAGGCGACUGAGUGAUCAAAUUGAGGUACAAAGGAAUCUGAAGGUGAAAAUGGAGGCACAGGGGAGGUUCCUUGAGAGAAUUGCAGAAGAACAUAAAAGCAGGCCAAAUAUUAAUGGGAAGCCUAGAAAGUCUUCCUCUCCGGUCUCACUUCCAUGCCUUUGUAAGGAGUCAGAGUCUGAAUCUGAUUCAGACAUCCAAAAAUCUGACAUAAGAUCUGAUGAGAAGUUCCAAGGAUCAAAGCGGGCUCAUUUUGAUCAGGAAGAUGUUCUACUACGAAGACAUAAAAAUUUUGCUGCAGGAUAUUGCGCUCAACAAUGCAUGUUUGUGCCUAAAGGAUAAAGAACACCAUGCGAGUCUUCUUAAAUUGGCUUCCUGCGGAUUCCUGCUGAGUUGACUGUCAGUGACAUCUAAUUUCAUUAUGUCCUCCAUUUUGUCGAUACAAGGUUGCAGCUCUGCAGUGAGAGCAGUUUGGAGAAGGAUAAUUUUUUGUACCUCUUGGCUCUUGAUCAUAUAUUAAAUAAGAUCUACCUGACUUGAUAAUUAUUAUUUGUGCUUGCUUGUAAUUAGCACAUUAGUUAACUAGUUAUCAAUCCUCUAGAAUUUCUGUCCUUCAUCGGCUCCUUAGUACAUAUCAAUUGCUACAAAUACCUAAUGCAUCUCUGCAAACAAGGUCCCUGCCAUGGAGGGGUUACUAGCCACCUGAAUUGCAUAAAUAGGUUUGAGUGUUGAUUCACUUGACAAUACUUUAAUGAGUAGCUUUGGUAAUUGGUAGAAGAAUUGUGCUGCAUAUGUUACUGUUCCAUACUGUAUUUUUCUCUCUAUUCCAACAUCUACCCUUGUUGUAAUGUUCUCA